AAAAAAAAGAGAACAAUAACGAGGAGAUUGGUGUAAGGUAGUAUGGUAGAAAUGAGGGAACGGAAAGGUACAAUCAGAAGAAAUCUUUCAGGUAAGGGAGACACAACCACUUUUUAUGAAGAAAGUAAAAGAAGGUUACAGCAGGAUCGCCACUGGCUUCUAUUCUGAGCCAUAUCUGAUAACGUCUCUAGCCACUGUGUUGCACCAUCUCUCAGACCCCAACCAGGGAGUCGUGAAGGACCAACAGAAGCCAGUCCUUUGCAGCUUUCUUUCAUGCCACGACACCAUGUCAUGCACUGACCACCUCUCCGCUUCUUCCAACCAGUCCCAGAGUCGGCAAAUAAUGCACGACGUGGAAUUCUCUGGGACGACAUUCGGAGAACAUGUCCAAGCCAUCGAAGUCGGUGUUUCAAGAUGGUGACACCAAUUGAAUUAUCAUCUCUGUGCCCGAACACACGAUGCCGAACCUCUGCAUUACUGACAUGAUGUUGCCACUGAAUGUCAGCAAUCCUUCGGAGACAGCGAUGAUCGAACACAGAGAGUCGUCUAACGUCCUCAACUCGGAGAGACCAGGUUUCACAAGCAUAGAGCAAAACUGCUCUCACCGACGUGUUGUAGAUCCGACCUUUUACAGCCAGGCUAACAUCACGAAGGCGCCAAACAUGGCCCAGAUUGGCAUAAGCCGCUCUGGCUUUCACUAUUCGUGCAUUGAUCUCAUCACUCACACCCCCACCAGCACUUAUGCAGCUACCCAGAUACACGAACUUCUCGACUACGUCUAUCUGCUCACCAUUCAGGGUGAGUACAUGAUUGGAAUCCUGCCAGUCUUGUAGAAGUACUUUGCACUUCGAAGGUGCAAAACACAUAC